CCUAGACUGGCUUAUCACUCGCGGACACUUAGUUUUUCACCAACCCGAGCUCUCUGUUUGCCUCAAUUUUUUGUUUUUGUUUCUCUACCGGAGACGAUGGAUACGGAAGAAAUCAAUGGUUUUGCCUCCGCCACGAGACCGAUAUCUCUUCCUAUGCAGCCUAAUUACAGUAGCAAGCCUGUUCAGGAGGCGUUGAAGCAUUUGGCAUCUAUCAACCUCAGAGAAUUGUGUAAUGAGGCAAAGGUUGAGCUCUGUCGUGCAACCAGAGACUUCACGAGCUGUGGAAGCAUUGUGAAAUAUGUGUUGAACCCAUGUGGACAUGCCUCCUUGUGCACAGAGUGUUGUCAGAGGUGUGAUGUUUGUCCAAUCUGUAGAAGUCCACUUCCAAAAACUGGAGAUAAACUCCGGCUGCGUCUCUACUACGAGUGUGUUAAUGCUGGUCUAAUCUCUCCAACACAUGAAGAGGUGUCACAUGAUUCUAACCAAGAUGAACAUCAAUUGGCAGCCGAUGUUCAUCGCCUUUAUUCUCUGUUCGAUGUUGCCAUGAACAACAAUUUGAUAUCUGUGGUUUGCCAUUAUAUCACCAAUGUGUGUAUGGAUGAGACAGCUGUAUCUAGUGAUCCGGUCAUUGCUUUCUUGCUGGACGAAGUUGUUGUCAAAGAUUGGGUCAAGCAUACAUUCCGGAGCAUCUUAUCUGAGCUUCAGCAAAUCUAUAGUCUUGAAACGAAAGAGAUGGAAGCGUGGUUAGAUAAACUCCUAAAGUGUUCGAAACAGGUGGCUGGCAUAUGUAGCGUGCUCAAAGUUAUGGAAUCAGCUUUUAAGGGUUCUGUUUCACCUCAGCUUCAAGACGUGCAGAAGCUUAGGGAGAACAUUGGAAAAUCGAAGCAGCAUCUGGACAUAAUGAUCUGGUGCAUAAGGCACGGAUUUCUGGAAGAUGUGCGGUCUCGAUAUUCUGAUUUCUCGUCGUGGAAAGCUGUUGUACGUGAAAGGAAGUCAAAUGCAAUUAAGCGUGCAUGGCCUGAUGCCGUAGACCAAUCUUCAGAUUGCAAUGGACAGGGUGCUUCCCUCUUUAUCGAGGAUGCUUUAGAAAAUCUUGAGAUAGAGCCAGAGUAUAGUCAGGGUAUAGGGGCAGACCUAGAAGUUGGAUGUUUGAAGAACAAUGAGAGAUCAUUUCUUAGGUCCAAAAUAGAAGGAACUUCAGGCUCUUAUCCAUUUGAGAAUCUCAGAACUGCUGCUGACUUGCUCUUUUUACAUGGCAGUUCAGAUUUGGUUGUUGCGAAGCAGGCAAUUUUUCUUUACUACCUGUUUGAUCGACAUUGGACUACCCCUGAAAAAUAUUGGAAGCACAUUAUAGAUGAUUUUGCUGCUACCUUUGGCAUAACCAGGCAUUCAUUGCUAGAGUCUUCUGUGUUUUAUCUUCUCGAUGAUCACUCAGAGGAGGCACUCCAGGAAGCUUGUAGGACUCUUCCUGAAAUAUGUGGUCCAGAAACCUAUCCCAAGGUUGCACAAGUCCUGUUAGAAAGGGAAAACCCUGAAACAGCUCUGAUGGUCUUGCGUUGGUCUGGUCGUGAUGGCGUAUCAGAAUUGGUUUCAAUUGGUGAAGCUGUCACAGCUGUUCGUGUGAGAGUGGAAUGUGGUCUUCUGAGUGAAGCAUUCACAUACCAAAGGGCACUCUGCUUGAAAGUAAAGGAAAAUGAAUUGAAAAUUGGAGCUUUGAAACACGUGUCAGAUGAUCUAGACAGCUGGAGUUGGAUGGAGUGGAUGGAGAUACUUGUCAAUGAAUUCUGCUGUCUAUCUAUUAGGAGAAACUUGGUUGAUCGAAUCAUUGAGUUACCGUGGAACCCAGAUGAAGAGAAAUAUCUGCACAGAUGCCUAUUAGAUUCUGCAAUUGAUAACCCUUCAUCAGCUGUGGGUAGUCUUUUGGUUGUCUUUUAUCUUCAGCGCUACCGUUACAUCCAGGCAUACCAAGUUGAUCUUAAGCUCCAGAAAAUUGAAGAGGCUUUCGUAUCAGAGAAUCGAAUUGGGGAAGAAGCAAUGUCCAGAAUGCGAUCACAGAGUCAUUGGAGAAAAGAGUUAGUUGAUAAAGCCAUAGAAAUACUUCCAGUAAUUCAGCAGCAGCAAGUUAGAUCUGGACAAUAUUCUGAGAUGGAAGAUACCUCUGAAAGUGCUUCGGAAGCAGCAAGAAACUCUGAUCUUCCUGAUGCACAACACCCUGAGAUGAUUACUUCUUCAGUUCCCUUGUCUACUAAUUCCGUAUUUCUUCAACGGGCUAACGAUGCCAGCGGUAGAGAGCCAAUGGCUAAUAAUGGCAGUCCUUUUCAACCCGGUCAUGUAAUGGGAAAUGCUUCCCUUGAUAUUUCCCAUGGAAGGUUAUUUACAAGCAGAAAUAGAGGACAGAAGAGUGAAGUUAGAAGCAUAAGCAAGACUCUGAAGUUCGGUGAAGUGUCCACUCCGUUCAAAGAUCUUAACAGAGCUCGUGGGAGCAGUCAGCUCAAAGGAAAAAGGACUGAAGAAACCUCUCCAGAAACAAAUGUUGAUAGAUUCAUGGAGAACAAUAUGAGCUCUCCUUAUCUUCGCCGUGUCACAGCCAAUAAUCCUGUAACAAUGAAACCUAUCAGCAACCAUCUCAAUGGAUCCGCGCAGAAACCGGAAUGCUCUUUCUAUGGCACUGGGAGGAGGCAACCAGACAAAGAACUCCCGUCCCAUAAUUUUGUCGAUUUGGAUGAUCCAAUGGACAUGUCUUCGAGCUUGAAGGACAACAACAAUGUCUUGGCCACUGAGAGCAGAAAUAACAAUGGCGGAUUGAGUUGGCGGUCAGAUGAAGGAAGCGAUGAGGAAGAUGAACCAAAGUGGGGUAUGGAACCGAGUAGUUCCAGUUCCAUGCCGGUUAAGGGAAGAAGACGUAGAUUCGCUGCAAGAUGAAAUCAAACAAACACUCAGACAAAAAAAACAUCAUCAAUUGUGUUAAGCAUAGAUUGAGGGAGCAAGUGUGUAAAGAGGGAGAGAUGGUAGAGUGAACUUAGUUCUCCUGAUUAUUUAUUUUGUGCUGUGAAAAAAUAAUGAUUUUGAUAUGUUUUUCUCCUUUAGUUUCCCUUUGUGGAGAUAAUUUUUUGGAUAUCAUUUUGAUGAACUUGACUGUUUA